AUGUUAACAAGAGUGAUCUCUUUCACAAACUUCACUUUCCGAUUUCCCUCACUAGCUUUUGCGUGUGAUGAGCACUUCUGCUACCUUAUAGAGAACCAAAAGCAGGGAGAAUGGAACCAAGAGGAGGCAGAUGAGGAAAACAAAUAUGGAAAAUGUAAGCAGGAACAAGAAGGAGAAUGCUUCUGUGUUAGAAUCAAGAAGACAUUGCACGCCAAUCCAAAUGGUGGAUUUCAAGCUGAUUUUCUGAAUAAAAUUUUUGGAUGCAGUCAGACUGACUGUCUCUAUCUCUCUUUAGAACACAGAGUAAUUCCAAAAUUCUUGGUUGAUUUAUCUUGUAGACCUCUACAGCUUGAGGAACUGAAGCGGGUAUUCACAUGGCUUGGUCUGGAUGUGAGGACUUACACAAACCUGACGUCUGGGGAGAUUACAGAUCUCAUGCAAACUUGGCAGCGUUUGCAAGAUCACAAAGACAGGAACUGUUUUAAAUGUUGUAUUCUAUCUCAUGGAAAGUCAGGAGCAAUCUGUGGGACAGAUGAGAAACCUGUAUCAAUCUGCAUGAUUAUGUCCCACUUCACUGCCACAUAAUCUCAGCUGGCUGGAAAACCCAAACUCUUCUUUAUCCAAGCAUGCCAGGGUAAAAAGAUACAGUGUCCUGAAGUUGAUGUACAAAUUCCUGAAUUCUAUUCCAUGCAACAGAGCUUUUCUCUUUCUGAAAGUAUUCCUGAAGAUGCUAAUUUCCUCCUAGUCAUGACCACAGUUGAUGGAUGUGUCUCUUUCCAUGACAUUCCACAGGGUACUUUGUAUAUUCAGGCCCUCUGCAGCAAGCUACAGUUGUUGGUACCAAGGGGUAAAGAUAUUUUGUCAAUUCUUACAGAAGUUAAUUGGGAUGUGGCCAGUCAUGUUAACUACAUGGGGACAAAGCAGAUACUCCAAACAGCAUGUACCUUUAGAAGAUUUACAUUUCCAAUACCUAGGGACCUGUCUCAUUCAGAGCAAUAUCAGGGCUUUCAAAACACAUCAUUUUAUCAUCUUAUUUAAAUGCAGUUCAUCACACUGCCUAUUUUAAGACUGUUACCCAAAAUCCUGUGGAUCUGUUAACUUCAAG